UAAGUGGGAAUACAGACUAAAAUAAUAAUUAAAAGUAUAAUAUAGCAAAUACAUAAGCCAGUAACACACAUUUUAUGAUAAAGUAUUAUGUACAUGAUUGUAUGUACUGUACUUUUAGAUAACUGGCAGUGCAGUAGGUUUGUUUGUACCAGCAUCAAAACCACGUGAGUGAUGGCUACGGCUUCUGUAGGCCAGACGAAUUUUUCAGCUCCGUUAUAAUCUUAUGGAACUACCUUUAUAAUGUGCACUCCAUUGUUGGCUGAAAUGUCAUUAUGUGGCACAUGACUGUAAAUGGUAAGGCCCAUGUUAGUGUACCUCCUAAUUUUCCUGUUCCCCAGAAGUCUCUCUGCAGCCCAAGUGUUACUGAUAUGGGACUAACCUAGGAAAUCGCGGAAUCGUUCUCAUUCAGUUACACUUAAAUCCUACAUCCUGUUUGUUUUGCUUUUUACUUUUUCUUUUGAAAUCAUUGUAGACACACAGAAAAGUUGUAAAAAUAGCACAGAGAUUUCCUGUACCUGUCACCCAGCAUUCUUCAAUGUUAACACCCUUUAUAACCACAGUACAAAUAUCAAAACUAAGAAAUCAGCACUGGUGUAAUACUAUUAGCUACAGACUUAACCUUAUAUAAACUAUAAAUUUUACUCAAAUCUCACCAUUUUUUCCCACUAAUGUCGUGUUUCUGUUCUGGGAUCCCACAUUGUGUUCCCUUAGUCUCCUCUGAUCUGUGAUAGCUCCUGAGUCUUUCCUUGGCUUCUAUAACCUUAACAUUUUUGAAGGGCACUGGCCAGUUAUUUUGUAGAAUGCUUACUAUUUGGGUGUAUCUGAUGUUUUCUCAUGGUUACAUUGAGGUUAUGGCUUUUGACAAUACCACAGAAGUGACUUUUUUUCUUCUUGCUGUCUCAUAUCAGGGUUACAUGAUAUCAGUAUGUUUCAUUACUCCUGAUGUUAACCUUGAUUACUUGGUUAUGGUGAAGUUGGCCAGGUUUUUCCACUUUAAAGUUACUAUUUGUCCCUUAGUAAUUAAUAAGUAACCUUGGAAAGAUAAUUUUCAGGCUAUGCAAAUGUCCUGUUUCUCCUAAACUUUCUUCACUGAUCUCGGAAUCUAUCGGUGUUGCCUGUGACAACUAUUAUUGUAAUGUUCUAAAUUUGAUUCUAUUUCUUUCAUUUUUUCUAUGCUUAUUAAUCAGAAUUCUUAAAAAAAAAAUAAAGGCUGUUCUUCUCCUCUACUUAAUUAUUCAUUCAUGUCAGUAAGGACUCUUUUAUAUUUAUUUUAUCCUGUGGGUUAUAAUUCAGUACUACUGUUAUUUAUUUUGUUGCUCAAAUGGAGCUAGUUUUGCAUAUUGAGAGCUCUUUUGAGCUGGCUCUGGUCUAAGUCCCGUUUGGAAAUGUGGGAAAGGAUGAGGUAGUGAUGUGUUGUCCUCACACAUAAGACAGCAGACAGUGAUGUGCUACCAUCUUCUUAGGAGUCUUAGGAAUGUUGAAGUGGGAGGUUGGUGGUGAGCAUUGAGCAGUUCUAAUUUGUGACAUGUCAGGGAGACCUAUACUGAUUUUGGAAUUGGAAAGUGCUGGGGUCAUCUCAUGAGCUAGCUCCAAGUCCAGUGAGUAACAGGUAUGUAUAUUAAUAGCGCCUUCAUUGUAGAGAAAAUAGCCAGGAAGGAUUUUCUCACUUACCUGUAAGACAAAAGAAAGAAGAAAAGGCAGAAGCUCAUUUUCCCAAGGUACAUACAGAAGCCAGCCAAACAACCAAGUUAAACAGAGAGAGACACUUUUAGUGGCCCAGGGCUUAAUAUUCUCACAGAUCGCAUCCCACCCUUCCUUUCCUACUUAGAUCCCUGGAUUCUCUCUUACCUGUUGUUAGGAAUUCUUAUGAUCUAACUUAUCUUGGCAGAAACUUCUCUCUAAAAUCAAUCAAGCCUUGGGCUAGGGUAGCUCAAUGAGUCGGUAAACAAGACUAAAUGUUCUAGCUUGAAAUUGAAGAUUUUCCAGGCCAAUGCUUUUCUCCAUGAACUUCUCAUUCCUUCCUUACCUUCUCCCACAAGUCAUUAUAAAAGUAGUCUGAUCUAAUUGUUAAGCAUUUGCCAUUAUAUGGGGAUCUCAGAUCACCGUACUGUGUGCUUCAUAAAGUAAAUCAAGAUGAAUGGACAAUAGAAGCUCAGAAUCUGACUUCUCUAAUUCAUUCUCAAUUGAACGGCAAGAUUAGUUCUGCUGGUGCCAUCCCUUGGCAGUGAGUUCUGUCCCUGUGCUGCUGACUUAGUGUUCUCAGGACGGUACACCUUAGGAAGAUGCAGUAAGAUGUUGUUAUAGAACCACUACUUCAGUCGACUCCCUAACUAUGGGAGGCUUAAAGCAAUUAGCACUUUUAUAACAUAGUGGCAUUUUUACUUGUGGAGGAGGGCAUGUGUUUAGCAGAGAAGAUCAUUUAAGGAGACUUCCUGAUUUCAGUUUGAUGCAUUCUAUCAUCAGAUAAUUUUCCUUGCUUCCCUCCUCCUCUUGCCCGCAAAAGAGAAUUCUGGCAUUUUUAAGCUAUAGGCUAUUGUCCAAGAUGCCAGCUCUUCUCAGGGAGUCAUUAAGGGUCACUUUCUCUUCUUCCCUCUUAUAGAGCAGGAAUUGCAUUUCAAUUGGCCAAUUUACAGAGGGGACUGGCAUGGAGAGUCACUCCCACUUGCACUGAGCUGGGCAAGUUCAAGGCGGUUCAGGCCAUCCAACUGGAGGCGCAUGUAGCUGUUGGGAGGCUUUUACCAUGCUGGGAGGAGCAGAAAGAGCAGUAGCAGGGCAGAAUGGCUUUUUAUUCCAUGCCUGAAUAUGACAUCCAAUUGGCCAGAGGGUUGCUAUCUGGGAUGUUUCUAUUUGCCGUAAGGCGCAGUGAGCCUGCAGGCCGACCUCACUCGUGGCACACAACUAAGUUUGGGGAGAACCAACCUGAUGCCAGCAUGAUGCAGAUAUCUCAGGGCAUGAUUGGCCCUCCUUGGCACCAAAGCUACCAUGCCAGCUCCUCUACGAGUGAUCUCUCCAACUAUGACCAUGCCUAUCUAAGGCGGAGCCCUGACCAGUGCAGCUCCCAGGGGAGCAUGGAGAGCCUGGAGCCCAGUGCGGCAUACCCACCCUGCCAUCUUUCCCCUGCCAAGUCAACCGGCAGCAUUGACCAGCUCAGCCACUUCCAUAACAAGAGAGACUCGGCUUACAGCUCCUUCUCCACCAGUUCUAGCAUCCUAGAGUAUCCACCCCCUGGCAUCUCUGGCCGGGAGCGUUCAGGCUCCAUGGACACAACUUCUGCUCGAGGUGGUCUCCUCGAAGGGAUGAGGCAGGCAGAUAUUCGCUAUGUGAAGACAGUCUAUGACACCCGGAGGGGAGUCUCAGCAGAGUAUGAGGUGAACUCUUCAGGCCUGCUGCUUCAAGGUAGGGAGGCCCGAGCCUCAGCAGAUGGUCAGGGCCAUGAUAAAUGGUCUAAUAUUCCUCGGGGCAAGGGAGUGCCACCCCCAUCCUGGAGCCAGCAGUGCCCCAGUUCCUUGGAGACUGCCACUGACAACCUUCCUCCUAAAGUGAGUGCACCCCUGCCUCCAGCUCGGAGUGAUAGUUAUGCAGCGUUUCGGCACCGUGAGCGGCCCAGCUCCUGGUCUAGCCUUGAUCAGAAACGGCUCUGCCGGCUUCAGGCAAACUCUUUAGGCUCCCUGAAGUCUCCAUUCAUAGAGGAGCAGCUGCAUACUGUGCUGGAGAAGAGUCCAGAGAACAGCCCCCCAGUGAAGCCCAAGCAUAAUUAUACCCAGAAGGCCCAACCUGGCCAACCUCUGCUGCCAACCAGCAUCUACCCCGUACCUUCCCUGGAGCCACACUUUGCCCAGGUGCCCCAGCCUUCUGUGAGUAGCAACGGGACUCUCUACCCUGCACUGGCCAAGGAGAGUGGAUACAUAGCCGCUCCGGGAGCGUGCAACAAGAUGGCUACCAUUGAUGAGAAUGGGAACCAGAAUGGAUCUAGCAGGCCUACGUUUGCCUUCUGCCAGCCCUUAGAACAUGACUUACUGUCUCCGGUAGAGAAGAAACCAGAAGCUACAGCCAAGUAUGUCCCCUCCAAAGUCCAUUUUUCUUCAGUGACUGAAAAUGAGGAGGAUGCCACUCUGAAGAGACAUCUCACACCUCCCCAAGGCAACAGCCCACAUCCCAAUGAGAGAAAGAGCACCCACAGCAACAAACCAUCUUCUCAUCCCCACAGUCUCAAAUGCCCUCAGGCCCAGGCCUGGCAAGCGGGUGAAGACAAGGGAUCUUCCAGGCUCUCAGAGCCCUGGGAGGGCGAUUUCCAGGAAGACCACAAUGCCAACCUCUGGAGGAGGCUGGAGAGAGAAGGCCUAGGCCAGAGUCUAUCAGGCAACUUCGGCAAGACCAAGUCAGCCUUCUCAUCUCUCCAGAACAUUCCUGAGAGUCUGAGAAGACACAGCAGCCUGGAGCUAGGCCGAGGAGCCCAGGAGAGUUACACUGGGGGCAGGCCCACCUGUGCAGUCAACACCAAGGCAGAAGACCCUGGGAGGAAAGCUCCUCCUGACUUCGGGAGCCAUUUGGACGGGUAUGUUUUCUACCCACGGCCCGAGGGGAGGACCGGUGCCUCGGCCUCUUUCCACAGCGCAGACCCAAGGCCCGAAGAGCCGCCCUCCCCCUCACACCCGCACACAUCCAGUCUCGGCCGAAGGGGGCCCGGCCCAGGCAGCGCUUCGGCUCUUCAAGGCUUUCAGUAUGGGAAGCCCCACUGCUCGGUGCUGGAGAAGGUCUCCAAAUUCGAGCAGCGAGAGCAAGGGAACCAGAGACCGAUUGUAGGCGGCCCCGGUUUUGGUCAUAACUACAGGCCCCGCAGGACCGUCUCAACUUCCAGUACUUCUGGGAAUGACUUCGAGGAGACAAAAGCCCACAUGCGUUUCUCUGAGUCAGCGGAAGCCCUAGGCAAUGGGGAGCAGCACUUCAAAAACAGUGAGCUGAAGCUGGAGGAGGCCUCCCGGCAGCCCUGCGGCCAACAGCUGAGCGGAGGAGCCGUGGACAGCGGCCGUGGCCCCCAGAGGCCGGACGCUCGCCUCCUCCGCAGCCAGAGCACCUUCCAGCUCUCCAGCGAGCCGGAGAGGGAGGCCGAAUGGCGAGACAGGCCCGGCUCGCCCGAGUCUCCCCUGCUGGAUGCCCCCUUCAGCCGCGCCUACCGGAACAGCAUCAAGGACGCACAGUCACGCGUUUUGGGGGCCACUUCCUUUCGACGCCGGGACCUAGAGCUAGGGGCGCCCGCGGCGUCGAGGCCUUGGCGGCCACGGCCCUCCUCGGCCCACGUGGGGCUGCGGAGCCCCGAGACGCAGGCCUCUGCCUCCCCGCACACGCCCCGGGAGCGGCACAGCGUGACCCCAGCAGAGGGCGACCUGGCCAGGCCUGCGCCCCCUGCCGCCCGGAGAGGGGCUCGCCGGCGCCUGACCCCCGAGCAGAAGAAGCGCUCCUACUCGGAGCCGGAGAAGAUGAACGAGGUGGGGGUCGCGGAGGAGGCCGAACCGGCACCCCUGGGCGCCCAGAGGAAGGGGAUGCGUUUCCCGGAGAGCAGCGUAGCCGACCGGCGCCGCCUCUUUGAGCGCGAUGGCAAGGCCUGCUCCACACUCAGCCUGUCGGGGCCCGAGCUGAAGCAGUUCCAGCAGAGCGCCCUGGCCGACUACAUCCAGCGCAAGACCGGCAAGUGGCCCGGCUCCGCCGCCAGCUGUGGCCUCCAGGAGCCUGGGCCACUGCGCGAGCGCGCCCAGAGCGCAUACCUCCAGCCUGGCCCUGCGGCGCCAGAAGGCCCCGGCCUCACCUCGGCCUCCAGCCUGAGCUCGCUGCGGGAGCCCAGCCUGCAGCCCCGCAGGGAGGCCACGCUCCUGCCGGCCACUGUUGCAGAAACCCCACAGGCUCCCCGAGAUCGCAGCAGCUCCUUCGCUGGUGGCCGCCGCCUCGGGGAACGGCGACGCGGGGACCUCCAGGUCCCAAGGGAGCUGCUCAGUGGAGCAAACGGUGGAACAAGGGACACCCAGAGGGUGGAUGAGACCCCCAGGGAGCCACCCUCCUGGGGGGCCAGGGCCGGGAAGUCCAUGUCGGCAGAGGACCUGCUGGAACGCUCGGAUGUCCUCGCCGUCCCUGUCCACGUGAGGUCCAGGUCAUCUCCCGCCACCGCAAACAAGCGCCAGGAUGUGCUUUUGGGGGAAGAAAAUGGCUUUGGUCUUGUCAAGGAUCCAUGUUAUUUGGCUGGCCCUGGAUCUAGGUCACUCUGUUCAGAAAGAGGCCAAAAAGAGACGCCGUUGCUCUCCCACCAUCCCACCCCUCGUUGGGGUGGUUCAGGCUGCAAAGCCAUCGGUGAUUCCUCCGCUCCUAGUGAAUGUCCUGCAACCCCGGACCAUCAGAGGCAAGCCAGCAGGACACCCUGCCCCAGGCCACCACUGGUAGGAACGCAAGGGCAGCUCACAGACACCAGGGCUACACCCCUGACCCCACUUGCCACCACUCUGCCUUCAGCCGUUCCCUCCGGCUACUGCUCACAGGAUGGUCAGACAGGGCGACAGCCUCUCCCGGCCUACACCCCUGCCAUGACCCAGAGAAGCAAUGGUCACACCCAGACCCAGCCUUCCAGUCCAAGAGGCCGUGAGCGCGAUGGCCCAGAGCAUGGGGUAGAAGAGGGAAUGAGGAAGAUGGUCUCAUUGCCUCAGCGGCCGGCCCCUUCUCGAGUGAAGUGGGCCCACGCAGCCAGAGAGGACAGCCUUCCUAAGGAAUCCUCAGCUCCUGAGUUUGCAGACCUCAAGCACUAUCAAAAACAGCAGAGUCUUCCAAGUUCAUGCAGCACUUCCGACCCAGACACGCCUGUUGGGGACCCAAGCACUCCAGGGAGGAUCUCCCUCCGAAUAUCUGAGUCCAUCCUGUGGGACUCCCCAUCACCUCGUGAGGAUUGUGACGACGAAGUGUUUAUGAGGGAUCUACACCCCAAGGCCACAUCCAGCCCCACAUUUGAAACUCUUCCCCCACCCCCACCUCCUCCACUGAGUCAGGAAACCCCGGUAUAUAGCAUGGAUGACUUCCCUCCACCUCCUCCCCACGCUGUGUGUGAGGCACAGCUGGACAGUGAGGACCCCAAGGGGCCACACCCCAGCUCCAACAAACUUGCUAAGGUGACAAUUGCAAGGGAAAGGCAUGUGACUCGUGCAGCCCAUGUGGUAGGCAGUCAGACACUGGCUUCCAGACUCCAAACUUCUAUCAAGGAUUUAGAGGCUGAAUCCAAACCAUCUUCCAUCAUGAGUGUGCAGCCCCAACUUGCUGGGUCUCUUGGUGGGCAGCCCGCACCCACCCGGACUCAAAGCCUCACCCAUGAUCCAGUCAAUGGAACUCAGGGUUUAGAAAAGAAAGUCAGUUCUGAUCCUCAGAAGAGCUCAGAAGACAUUAGAACAGAGGCUCUGGCCAAGGAAAUUGUCCACCAAGACAAAUCUCUGGCAGACAUUCUGGAUCCAGACUCCAGGCUGAAGACAACGAUGGACCUGAUGGAAGGUUUGUUUCCCCGAGAUGUGAACUUGCUAGAGGAAAACAGUGUAAAGAGGAAGGCCAUACAGAGAACUGUCAGCUGCUCAGGAUGUGAAGGCGAAAGGAAUGAAGACAAGGAAGCAGUGGGUAUGUUGGUCAACUGCCCUGCCUAUUACAGUGUGUCUGCUCCCAAGGCUGAGCUGCUGAACAAAAUCAAAGAGAUGCCAGCAGAAGUAAAUGAGGAAGAGGAACAGGUGGAUGUCAAUGAAAAGAAGGCUGAGCUCAUUGGAAGCCUCACCCACAAGCUGGAGACCCUCCAGGAGGCGAAGGGCAGCCUGCUCAUGGACAUCAAGCUCAACAACGCCCUGGGAGAAGAGGUGGAGGCUCUGAUCAGCGAGCUCUGCAAGCCCAAUGAGUUUGACAAGUACAGGAUGUUCAUAGGGGACUUGGACAAGGUGGUCAACCUGCUACUCUCCCUCUCGGGGCGUCUGGCCCGUGUUGAGAACGUCCUUAGUGGCCUUGGUGAAGAUGCCAGUAAUGAAGAAAGGAGCUCUCUCUGUGAGAAAAGGAAGAUCCUGGCUGGGCAGCACGAGGACGCCCGGGAGCUGAAGGAGAACCUGGAUCGCAGGGAGCGGGUGGUGCUGGGCAUCCUGGCCAAUUACCUUUCUGAGGAGCAGCUCCAGGACUACCAGCACUUUGUGAAAAUGAAGUCCACACUCCUCAUCGAGCAGCGGAAGCUGGACGACAAGAUCAAGCUGGGCCAGGAGCAGGUCAAGUGUCUGCUGGAGAGCCUGCCCUCGGAUUUCAUUCCCAAGGCUGGGGCCCUGGCUCUGCCCCCAGACCUCACAAGUGAGCCCACUCCUACCGGGGGCUGUACUUUCGGUGGUAUUUUCCCAACAUUAACCUCUCCACUUUAACCUCUUCUAAAAUACCCAACCAAAAGAUGACUGUUUCUAUCAACACUAUUUAAUCUGAAAAAUGUUUCAGUACAAACCACUGUUUGAACUAUCUGGGUUGUUGGUGUUUGUUGUGGAUGAAAGGAAAAAAAUUCUCUCCAAGAGGAAGCCUGUUUUUUCCUUCUUGCCCUUCCUGAUUGAUCUUCUGAGAGCUCGAAUGCUGCUGGACACAUACCCCUUUUCUAUUAUUACUUUGUAGUAGAAAGUAAGUUAAUGAAACAGAUCUGAUUGGAGGGUGUUUGAUCAUUUAGUUUUUAACAGGCUGAGGCAACAUGGAUCCGUGUGUGUCCCCCUCAGGAAUGUAUCCACAGUGGCCUUCCUUGCUGGUGGGCAGUGUAUCCUGAUGGCAGGGUACGAGUACCAUUAAUGAAGGGUCUGCAACAUAAAGCCUUAAAAAGACACACACUAAGAAGACAUUGUAAAACCUUGAACAUUGUUAUUUAUAUUUUUUAAAAUGGAAACGAUCAUUGUUUGUUGUGCUAACCACUUAUUUGAUUCUGUUUUGUGGUGGACGUAGGUAAUUACGUUUGAGCUUUGUAUUUUGUGAAAACCUUAAUGAAAUGAAUUCCAAAGAUAGUCACA